AUGUGUGUUUGUGAAUGUGAUUAUGGGAUGUUCUCAUUCUGGCUGUUGGUGCAUAGUAAGGGUGGGGACUUUGAUGUAUGGGUGGAGGAUAUUGACUUGUGUCAUGUGAUGGGUUUAUAUGAGAUGAUGUUUGAGAACUCCGUAAAACAGAAUGUGUUUCUCCCCAAAUAUUUCAUUUUGACUGUCAAUAAACCUACGACGAAUAGGAGGAUGGAGUUGGAUGAUGAUUAUGCUAUGUUGAAAAUGUGGGAAUGGAAUCAGGGCAAGGAAACUAUAGAGGUGUGGCUUGAGGAAGUUGAAAAGCCAUGGACUGUAUUCUGUUCUGCUAAGGCUAGUUGGGAGAAGUUGGAUGAAUGUUUCCCUGGUAAUUCCCAACCCCAACCAUCACAGUGUGACACCCAACCCACCCCUCCUGGAAACCAACAUGCCAAUCCACCUCCACCACAGCCCACUCCACCUCCAGAACAACCCAAUCCACCUCCACCACAAUCCACUCCACCCCCAGCACAGCCUAAUCCACCACAUCCACCAAAAAAAUCAACUAGAGAGAAGCCAAAAGAGUGGAGAGUUCCUAAGACUACAGCCUUGAGACAUGGGAUUUUUAUUAAGGGACAGACAGGAGGUACUGGUGGAGGUAAGAGGGUCAGAAGGCAACAGGCAGAAGUGAGGGAAGUUGAUGAUGAUGAUUUGACAGGGGAUGACAGUGAUGAUUCGAAUUAUGUGUUCUCUGAUUUGGAUGAUGAUGAUGAUGACAACGUUGAUGAUGUUGACUUGGUUGAUGAGGAUGACUUGGUAGUUUCUGAUGAGAUUCAUGAAAAAAGGUUUGAAGAUUACUUAGAUGGGAGUCAUAAUUUGGAUAAGAUGUACUUGAAUGGCAAAAUUUGGAGCAACUUACCAUUUGGGUCUAUUGCACUUGAAGAGUGGUUAAUUUUUGAAAGCAAGACUGAGUUUCUACAAGUAUUUAGGGAUUUUUGCAUUCAAGAAGGAUUUGCUGUCACUGUUGAAAGAGCUGACAGUGCAAGGUACACAACAUAUUGUCUGGUGCAGUCAUGCAGCUGGAGGAUCCAUGCUACUGGGUUGAAAGAUAAUGUAAGCUGGGCAAUCAAGAGUAUAACUGGGAAGCAUAACACUUGUGGCAGACUUGAAGAAAAUCCAAUGGUGUCUUCUGAGUGGUUGUGCAGACACCUUUUGCAAGACCUUGAGGCAAAUCCAGAGAUACCUGUAGAUGCAUUACAGAAGCUGUGUAUGGAGAGGUAUGCUGAGAUGAUUAAGGCAACUAAUCCUGGCUCUUAUGCACUAGUUACAUGGACAGGACACAACACAAACCAAGAUCAUCAAUUCACAUCAUGUUUUUUUUCUUUUGCUGCUUCUGUGAAAGGGUUUUUAGGUGGAUGUAGACCAAUCAUAGGGAUAGAUGGUGCACAUUUAUCUGGUUAUUACAAAGGUGUGAUGCUCACUGCUGUUGCCAUUGAUGGUAACAAUGAAAUAUUUGUUGUUGCAUUUGGUGUUGUAGCCUCUGAGAGCAUAGAUAGCUGGACCUAUUUUUUGAGAAACUUAAGGUUGUUGUUUGAAAAAGAGGGAUGUCAGAAGGAUGAUUGGACAUUCAUAAGUGACAGAAUGAGGGGAGUUGAAUCAGCACUUUCUGAGGUCUUUCCUAGGGCCACAAGGAGGAUUUGCUGCCAGCAUUUGUACUCCAACUGCAAGAAUGCAGGUUGGAGUGGAUCAGCUUUUCACAAGCUGUUCUGGAUUGCUGCAGAUGCAUAUAAUGAGUAUGUUUUUGAGAAGGCAAUGUCAAAGAUUAAAAAACAUGAUGCAGCAGCUGAAGAAUACCUAAGAAAUGUUGGUGAGCAAUGGUCUAGGCACUCCUUUGACAACAAAGUUUGUUGUGACCACAACACAACAAACUUUGUUGAGUCUUUCAAUGCUUGCACAAAAGACAACAGGGACUUGCCUGUUCUCACACUAUUAGAAGCUGUUAGGACAUGGAUAAUGAAAAGAAUGGGAUCAAGGUUUGAUAUGGCGGUUGAUAUGGACCCCAAUGCCCUUACUGAAUAUGCAGAGAACAUUUUGAAGACAAGAAGUGAUGAUUCAAGGUUCUGCCAUGUCACUGUAUGUGGAGGGGGUGAGUUUGAGGUGAGGGAUGGUCAUGUCAAGUUCCCUGUCACACUCACUAGAAUGAGUUGUGGAUGUGGGACAUGGCAGGGGUCUGGCAUACCAUGCAAGCAUGGAUUGAGGGUCAUAUACAACCAAAGAUUGAACCCUGCCAAUUAUGUGUCUGCAUACUUCAAGGGGGCAGCUUAUAAGGCCACUUAUGCUCACCAUGUCCAUCCAAUGGCUGACCAUACACAAUGGCCUUCAUUCAAUGUCCCUCAAAUCAACCCUCCAACUAUCAAGAGAAGUGCAGGGAGGCCUGCCAAGCAGAGGAAGAGGGGUCCAAGUGAAGCAAGAAAGGGUAAGAGGCAUAAGAACAACAAAUGCAGCAUCUGUAAAGAGUUGGGUCACAAUGUGAAGACUUGCAAAAGUAAGAGCCAAGCUGGAAGUUUAUCUGCAAGCCAACAAGGCAGGGGGAAGAAAAGAAAGGCUGCUUAGGCAAGCUCUUUACAACAAGCUGAGGGAAGAAAAACCAGGAGGUCAACAAAGGCUAACUAGGAAAAACAUAGAAAAAUUGCAUUUUUUUGGAAAUCUUGCACCUGUACCAAGCUGGUUGCUUUUUUUUUAUUAUGACAAUUAGUGGCAGUAGGUGCUUCUAAA